AUGACGCCGCCGAUGACACCUCAAGCGGCCACGCCGUCCGAACAAUCGAUGGAACGUGGAGCUGUUCCAAGACCCGUAUUUCACAACUAUUUGCGCGCGUUCUAUCCUUUCCAUCCGGCGGGAGAUGUUUCUCCAUCCACAAUUACCCUGCCUCUUGACCAAGGCGACAUCAUUCUCGUUCAUUCCGUUCACACCAAUGGCUGGGCCGAUGGCACUCUGCUCGAUUCUGGGAAUCGAGGCUGGCUCCCCACCAAUUACUGCGAAGCCUACGACCAAAUACCCAUGCGACCAUUAUUAAAAGCGUUGACUGAUUUCUGGGACAUCAUUCGUGGAGGUUGCGGCUCGUCACUCAAGGACUUUGGCAACCAAGAUUUGAUGCGAGGCCCCAUUGCCGGCGUUCGCUUUCUGCUGGAAAAGUCAGAGUGCUUGACAAGGGAGGCGCCACUAGUGAAGCAGUGCGAUAGCCUUCGCCGGAUUCGCAAGGCUUUACUUUCCGACCUCUCUUCGCUCGUGAAGACGGCCAAACGGUUCCAGGAUGUUGCCAACGGGGUUCCAUCUGAGGAGGAAGUAGAGGCAAUCCUGGAUGAAAUGCUUCUCAAGGCGUUCAAAAUCGUCACUCGUGGUGUUCGGUUUCUUGACGUCUGGAACGAGGAGGUAGGGUUGGGCCGGACGAUAGCUGAGAUGGAAACAGCGGGUGCCCAGAGUGGCCUGCCUCCGACACCGAUGUCUGCAAACUUCUCCAUGACUGCCUCAGCAUCGACCGCUGGCACUCAACCCGAGCGCAACGAGUCCCGGCAGACAAAUCACAGUCGUACAGCGUUCAGUCGAGCGUCGGUACGAACCGAAACCGUGGAACCACAUAGGCCCAUGUCCGUGGCGACGAAACGAAUAUCAAUCUCGCAUCGAGUUUCGUAUUCAGGUCCUUCCUCCGCUGCACAUGCGCAAAAUCUCGCCUCGGAGCGGCUGGUGAUCUCCUACGACGCCUUUCUAAGCGUUCUGGGUUCCUUCAUCGGGUUGCACAUGCAGUCACGAUCGUCAACGGAAUUGGUCACCACAACGCAACAGGCGGUCGAGUCGUGUCGUGCCCUGCUUGCUGUCAUUGAAGCGGUCUGCGAACAUGAUUCCCCACGGACUAUUCUACUGCAGGAGGCUCGCGAGGCGAUGUGUGAGAACCUCUCGGAGUUGGUCCAUGCCGCUCGCGACGUUUUCCGCCCAGCCCAUAUUCACGACGACGACCUCGUCUUUAUGCCUGACGAGGGGAAGCGUCUCGUCGAUGCUGCGACGGACUGUGUCCGCGCUGCGGGCAAUUGCCUGGCCAAAGCCCGCUUGGUGCUGGAGCACAUUGGCGACAUUGAGCUGGAUUCCCUGGAAGAGCAGUCGAGCACCACACAAGCCGUUACCAGUAUCACCAACCCUGAAGCGCCCUCCUGCACAAAAGCCGCAAAGGAGAGGCCGCAAGACCUCUCGCUUCGUCUACCCCCUACGCCGCUCUCGAUUCCAAUCUCGACUUACUCCCCCUCCACCCCUGGUCUUACAGACUCAACCACCCCCUCAUCAUUGCAAUCGCACCUGAACUCGACCAACAGCCCCGCCCACCCUCUUGCCUCCUCCACUCUCCCCGAUUCCGCCUCUGUAUCUACCCACGCCGACCAAGCCUCCUCUUUUUCCUCCUAUAACAGCAACUUCCGUGAAAGCCAUCCCAUAUCCGACGUCAGUGAAUCCUUUGGUCGUGGUGUUACCAGCACGGGAAGUAGCUUUACGUAUCAUAGCCACAUGCGUGACUCUGAAAUGAGUGGCCUUUCGCGAACGUCUACACGCGCUACGUCUCCUGACAUUGGCAGUAGCUUCCAUGGCAGCUACAAAGUUCACUCCUUGAAGGAAAGUAUCAGUCACUCGACGUUGGCUGAAGAGAGUGAAGAAGCGGAGGCUCACCUUCUGGAGAAGACCUUUGCACAUGAGCUGGUAUAUAAGGACCGACAGGUGAUGGGCGGCAGUCUGCGCGCCCUCAUUGAGAAGCUCACCGCGCAUCAAUCCACCCCCGACGCCACCUUUGUCUCUACUUUCUACCUAACUUUCCGAUUAUUCACUACUCCCCUGGAAUUCGCUCAAGGCUUGGCCGAGCGAUUCGAAUACAUUGGGGACACCCCCCACGCCGCUGGCCCGGUUCGGCUACGUGUCUACAACAUCUUCAAGGGCUGGCUCGAGUCGCACUGGCGGCACGAUCGCGAUGAUUCUGCACUUGACUUCAUUACCUCCUUUGCCAAGAAUCGCUUGAGUGCCGAUCUGCCUACUGCUGGUAGACGGUUGCAUGAGCUGGCUGAAAAGGUAGCAGCUGUCCACGGCCCUCUGGUGCCGCGCUUGGUCUCGUCUAUGGGCAAGACCAACACUGCCAUUGGACAGUACAUCCAUCCAGACACUCCAUUGCCGCCACCCAUCCUUGGCAAAAAGGAGACAAAUUUGUUGCGACAGUGGAAAAACGGGGAAGCCUCGCUGUCAAUACUCGACUUUGACCCGUUGGAGUUGGCCCGUCAACUAACAAUCAAGGAGUCGCGAAUUUUCUGCUCUAUUCUGCCUGAGGAGCUUCUCGAUACUGAAUGGACACGCAAGUCUGGUUCGCUUGCGGUCAACGUUCGCGCAAUGGCGACACUUUCUACCGACCUUACACACUUGGUCACAGACUCGAUUGUAUACCUGGAAGAGCCCAAGAAACGUGCGGCAACGAUUAAGCAUUGGGUCAAGAUCGCCAACAAGUGCCUCGAACUAAACAACUAUGACUCGCUGAUGGCCAUCAUCUGCUCUCUUAACUCUUCAACCAUCUCCCGGCUGAGACGCACGUGGGACAACGUGUCACAGAAGACCAAAAUCAUCCUCAAGCACCUUCGCAGUGUCGUUGAUAUCUCUCGCAACUAUACUGUGCUCCGGCAGCGUCUGCAGAACCACGUUCCCCCUUGCUUGCCCUUCGUCGGAACCUACCUCACCGACCUUACCUUUGUCGAUCAUGGCAACCAGUCCUUGCGCUCUUUACCGACCGGUGACGGCGAAAUGACCGUGAUUAACUUUGACAAGCACAUGAAGACCGCCCGGAUCAUCAGCGAGCUUCAGCGAUUCCAAAUUCCCUACCGCCUCACCGAGGUCCCAGAGCUCCAAGCCUGGAUGCAGAAUGAGUUCGUCCGCGUGCGUUCGAAUGGUGAAAGCCCUAACCAGGUCUUCUACCGUCGGUCGUUAGUCCUCGAACCACGAGAAACUUGCCGCAGCGGCGGCAAUCUCCACGCACAACCCCAAGCCUCAGCGGGCCAAAAUACCCUCACUUCUUCCUCCUCUCAACCCACCCAUCAUGAGGAGCCUUCUCAGGCUGUGUCGAUUCUGGAAAAUGCCAGAGAGAAACUGGACUUUUUGUCUUGGACAAAUCCAUCCAAGUCUAAGCCUGUGGCUUCUAACGGCUAG